AUGUGGAUACUUUCGUUUAUAUAUUUAAUAUCUUUGAUCGAAGCAUUUCAAGUCAAAGAUGAUAAUUCCACCUAUAAGAAUACAUCGAUCAUUCAACUUGAAAUCAAUGCCCGAAAUUUCAAUUUAAAAGGUGUAAAUAUUGGAGGGUGGUUAGUUUUAGAGCCUUAUAUCACACCAUCGUUGUUCUUAGCAUUCAAUGAGACCAAUAAGACUGCUGAAAUACCAAUUGAUGAAUACAGAUUUUGUGAAACUUUAGGUAAAGAAGAAGCAUCCAAGAGAUUACAGAAACAUUGGAAUUCAUUCUAUAAUGAAUCUGAUUUCAAACGAAUCAAAGAUAUGGGAUUGAACAUGGUAAGGAUACCCAUAGGAUACUGGUCUUUUGAAAUGUUUGAAGAUGAUCCUUAUGUUAAAGGAGCUCAAGAAUACCUUGAUAAAGCCCUUGAAUGGUGUGAAAAUAAUGAUUUGAAAGUAUGGAUUGAUUUACAUGGGGUCCCAGGAAGUCAAAAUGGGUUUGAUAAUUCAGGUUUCCGAGAUAUUGGUUAUCCAGGUUGGUUGAAUUCCACUAAAAAUGUUGAUUUAUCUUAUAAAGUACUAAGACAAAUGUAUUCCAAAUAUGGAAGUGAAAAAUACAAAGACACUAUAAUUGGUCUUGAGGUAUUAAAUGAACCCUUAAGCACUGAGAUUCCUAUUGAGAAGAUCGAGGACUUCUAUAGGAAUACUUACAAAGAUGCCAGAAAUCUCCAAGAAGUCAAUAAUACCAUCGUUUUCCAUGAUGCCUUCAAAGGCAUUGGGUACUGGAACGAUUUCCUUGACAAGACCCCCAAUAACAUCACCAACAUAACUUCUGAUAACUACAACAUUAUGAUAGAUCAUCAUCAUUAUGAGAUUUUUGAUGCCGGGGCAUUAAACAUGACAAUCAAAGACCAUUUAAAUAGUAUUAAAGGAUACUCGUCCAGUAUCAAGAAGGAAUUAUCUCAUCAUCCUGCUAUUGUCGGUGAAUGGUCAGCUGCAUUAACAGAUUGUACAUUGUGGCUCAAUGGUGUUGGGCUUGGGUCUAGAUUUGAAGGUUCAGCUCCUUAUACUAAUGACCCCAUUGGUAGUUGUAAAGACAUUAAUAAUUUUGACAGAUGGACUGAAGACCGUAAAAAAGCUUACAGGAAGUAUAUAGAGAUCCAAUUAGAUCAGUAUGAAUCACAAAUGAAUGGGUGGAUAUUCUGGUGUUUCAAAACCGAAAAUGCUAUUGAAUGGGAUUUAAGUAAAUUGGUAGAAUACGAGUUAUUCCCUCAACCCCUUGAUAAUAGAACAUAUAUUAUUGACGGUGAAGAUGUAGAUUCUUCGGAUGAUGACGAAACUAUAGCAGAAUCAUCGGCCAUAAAUAUUCCACCUUCUUUCACCCUUGUUUUAACCAUGUUCUUACUUUAUAUAGAUUUAUAG